CCUACCCUCCCCAUAGACAAACACAGCGAGAAGCACCCCAGUCCAGGGUACAUCCAACUGUCAGCUGACCAUGGUUUUGUUUCCAAGCCUGCCAUCGCUUCAUCUGUUGUUGGCGACGUCUGUAUCCCUGGCGCUCGUUGUGGAAGAUGAAAGGUGUCCCCCGGAAUAUUUUCGGCUGCCACACUACAAUACCAACUGCUUCUACAUCGGCUCAUCGACCACGUGGACGGACGCCUGGAAAAAAUGUCACAGUGACCUUGGUAUUGUGUACAGCUUCAAUGACCUGUCCACGACGAAGCCAGGCACUCCGUUUUCUUUCUACCUCAACAUAAAUGGUAUUAAUCGAACAUGGACCGGUAUACACAUACUUGAUGGGAAACUUAGAAUGGAUACUCUCGAGAACCCUGGCGAUAUUUCAGAGAGGAUAUAUUGGGGUCCUGGACAACCUGACGAAGGAGAGCCAGGAGACAGACAGUUGUGUACAUCAGCAACCUUCACUGGACCUGCUGAGACAAGAGAGCAAGAGACUCCUGAACCUCAAAGAUGGGAUUAUACACCAGUGUCACUCACCGACUGUGAUGCAGUGCGCCUACCAUACGUUUGUGUAACCGAACAACUUUUGAGACUUAAUCUCCAGAUAAUGUCGUCGUGUCCGCGCGGAUAUUACGGCUCCCCAUGGCUCCAACAGUGCUACAAGGAGCAAGGUCUUGCUACUUUUGAGGACGCAGACAAUGUCUGUACACAAGACGGUGGACGGCUAGCCCGAGUAGACUCCAUAUUCCACCAUAACGUGGUUUCCCGGGCAACCACUCAACUGAUGAUGGGUAUAACAGAAGAGGUGGAAAGUCCGGUAAGUGGGCCUACGUGGGUCGGUGCUGGUAGUUCGUGCAACGUCAUCGACAGACAGUGGUCCAGUAUGUCUUACCACUGGAACUGCGACUCAAGACUGCCGGGUUUAUGUGAAACACCCGCUGUUUAUGAAGAGAAGAUUGGCAUUACUGCUUCGGUACUAACAGAGCUCACUACACGUCCAAUUGGAAAGUCCGGCGAUUUGGAGGUUUUUCUACCCAAAGAGUCCAGAUUUCGCGAAGUUGCUCGACUGAACUGUAACUUCAAGGGUUAUAACCCUGAGAAACAUGGCGUGACAUGGUACCGUAAUGGUACCGCACUACCCGUGGUGAUGUAUUCAACGUCGAGGGACGGAGUCCAUCUGAACGUCUCUCUCGGUUUGCGAGACGCACCAAUAACAUUGGUGGGAUACUACUGGUGCGAAACCUUCAACAGGAACGCGACGAGGCUUGAACGUUCAAAUAACAUCUUCCUACGCUAUAUAGAUGAAGAUCUGCAUGCGGGGAGCAUUGAGCUCCAACAAACUGGACUGAUCCCUCCAAGCACUUAUAACAUGUUCAACUUAGCUGGGGUCGUCACUUUCGAUAUAGACAAGAUUGUGAAAGCUUAUAACAGCACCCCAAGGAACAUAUUUCCUGUCUUCAUACAUCCACUGAGAUUUAGAAAUGAUGGCGCAGUAUUGGAUUUCAUAUCAUACCAGUCUUCAAUAAUGACUGAUGGUUUUCUUGAUCAGAAGGAAAAUCUGAAAAUGACCAAAGAGGACUUACAGACAGGAUUUAGCAUUAAAAUCGCCCAGCGGAAUUUUUUCCAGCCCCGCACUCUUCAACUCAGAAGUAUUGAUUACUGUUUUGACUUCAAACAUGUGGUGGAGGAGACGGGCCAGGAGUUCCUGAUUCCCCAGACCAGACUCGGGGAGACAUUCUACUCUCCACAGCGCUGUCUUGUCAACAAUCGAGCGUUUGGUGAAAUCGAGUGCAAGGGGGACAAACUGUACGGCGCCUACUGGGGAGACUUCCAGCUUAAUCGUGUCUGCGACGUCCCUGAACUACCUGACUCCCCCAUAUCUCCAUCCCUAGAGAUACUGUCGAAGGUUGCUGUGACAGAUAAAAAUGUGGAGGAGGUCCUUCAGAAUGCUUCAACCAUCAUCAAAAAUACGACCUUGACCGUGAUCGACCUCCUUUAUGUGACAAGUAUAAUGGAAAACAGUGAGCAAGUACCGGAAAUCAACAUAAAUGCUGCUAAACGCUUUCUCGACAUAUACGAGACUGUUUUGGAAACAAGUGACAAAGUCCUGGUGGAAUCCCAAACAUUAGGCAAAGUUGCCAACAGGGUUCUAAAGGCAACGGACAUGGCGAUGGGAAAACUGAAGACACAGCCAUCUGGCCAACAAAAGCUUGUUUCAGACACUAUUGGUACGGAGGUAUGGGAAACAACAGGGAUGGGUUCAGGUAACCUAAGAAUUGGUCUGCAGCUCAUAGACAAUGGCACAAUGCUGCAAGAUGAGAGCCUGGUGCCCAUGUUCCGAACUUCCGAUUUGAAUCCUGACACAUUCGGCAGUAUUUUCUUCAAGAACGAUUUCCUGUCUGAGCUUGAUGAAGGUCCUGUCAAGCGUGUUCGCAUUUCAGUAAAUGUAUAUCAAAACACCAGAUUGUUUGAAGUCAGUGAAGAAUCAGCCGGUGACAGUCGUCAGUAUCAACUCAAUAGCAACAUCAUCGCGGCGAAAAUACUCGUUGAUGGACGCCCAAUCUCUGACCUGGACGGUACACAGGUCACCGUUGUGUUCCUGCCAAAUAAGGCCCUUCCAACAGACGAACGCAGCAAUUUAACCACCUGUGGAUACUGGAAUUUCACCGGAAAUGACAACGGCGGAUCCUGGUCGACAGACGGUUGUCGUUAUGUGAGCGAGGAGAAUGGCCGUGAUGUCUGUGUUUGUGAUCAUCUUACGAACUUCGCAGUGUUGCUGGACUUCUACGGGCAAGGCACCCUCACACACACCUUAGCUCUCAGCAUCAUUACAAUCGUUGGACUCAGCCUCUCCAUUCUCGGCUUGUCAUUGACAGUCCUCACAUUUAUAGUAUUCAGAAAGUUACGUCGCAACCGUGUACAACAGACGCUGUUUAACUUGGCCCUGGCCGAGCUGUUCUCGUGGAUUGUGUUCCUGGCCGGAAUCAACCAGACCCAGGACUAUGUCGGAUGCAUCACGGUCGCGGUGCUGCUGCACUAUCUCAUACUGGUGUCGUUCAUGUGGAUGCUGAUGGAGGCAGUGCUUCACUACUUUCAAUUUGUCAAAGUCCUUGGUACCUACAUCCCCAAAUACAUGCUGAAGACGGCCAUACCCGCAUGGGGUAUACCACUUCUCCCUCCCAUCAUCAUCCUGGCCAUUGACCCUGGCCUCUACAGAGGAGGCGAGAACUAUUGCUGGAUGUCCUUGACACCUUUCUACUACGGCUUCUCCCUCCCCGUUGGCCUCAUCAUCGUCAGCAACAUCGUCCUCUACAUCAUGGUGGUGGUCAAUAUCUGCAGAACGUCAUCAGCCGCUGUCCGGAGCUCACAAACAGAUCGUGACAGAAUAGUACUGAACGUCCGAGCUUCGUGUCUCUGUUUUAUACUUCUUGGUUUAAGCUGGGUGUUCGGCUACCUGGCCAUCGCAGAUGCUAGGGUGGUGUUCCAGUACGUCUUCACCAUCACCAACACCUUACAGGGCUUCCUCAUCUUCAUCCUCUUCACAGCCCGUAACAAGGAGGUGAGAGACAGCUGGAGAGAGCUGUGCUGCAAGAAGAAGACUCAACGAGCGAAAUCGAACUUGUACAGUGUCACUGGAACAGCCAAUACAAAGGAAUCCACCUACAGCACUGGCACCGAUAGUCAGAGUAACACAGCUGUCACUGGAGAGUCUAAUGGCUCUGUGGGCACAAUGUGUUAAGCCCAUUUCUGGUGUCCCCCGCCGUGAUAUUGCUGGAAUAUUGCUAAAAGCGGCGUAAAACUAAACUCAGUCAGUCAGUCUAAUGGCUCUGAGAAGGAACCUUGAAAUAAUAACCCAUCUGAGCACGUCCCCUGCGAAAAGCUCUGAUACUCAUCAGCAACAGGAACCGAAAUAUUAACACCACUGAUCUAUGCAAAGACUUGACACAAUUUGAGACGAGAAAGCAUCAUGUUGAAACCUUGUUAAGAACCAUAGGACAUACCUUCAUGUCUUUUUCAUGGUGCCACCAGUCAAUACAAUUCCGUCUUUAGAACUACUGACUUAACUCUAGUAAAGUGCCUUUACAGUAUAUAAUUGUCUCUGUGUAUUGCUCUAGUGGUCUCUAGAUGUGAUCCCUUUAGAUGGAGUCGUUAUAUUGAAGUUAUGUCAUCUUCAAAGGCCUUCUCUGUAAAACCAUUUAGCUUUGUAUAGUGUCAGGACUGUCUCAGAAAGUAUAACGUGAGUCUCGAUCUCUCAUCACAACAUAAUUACCUUGUAGCCUUGGCCUGUCACCUACAAUUUACCUGGAACCGCAUGGAUCUAUAUCAUUAGCUAUAACAUACUAGGUACUAAGGAUUACUAAUUCUAUGAAAAGAUUGGUUGGUGCUGUAAGGGAAUUCAUUAGCAAGGGACAGAUGCCUCGUAGUUGUUUGUUUAUUUUCAAAAUUUAUUACAUAGAUAGAAGUGGGUGAGUUGAGUUUUACGUCGUUUUAGCAAUAUUCCAGCAAUAUCACGGCGGGAGAAAUGGGCUUCACACAUCGUACCCAUGUGCGGAAUCGAACCCGGGCCUACGGCGUGACGAGCGAACGCUUUAACCACUAGGCUACCCCACCGCCCACAUAGACAGAAGACAUAUUAUCUAUUGUCACCUUAUAAAACAUGCACAUGCUUUGUGAGGUGGCGUGGUGCUGUGUACUGACUGCCAGAUGUCAGGAAAAGCUAAACCAUAUUGGCCACGGAGAGAAGGUGCAUGGCUGACUGUGUUUGUCAAGCUCUAGAGGGUUUUAAGUUGUUAGAUCCUGUCCUGUAGUGAAACACCUGUUAUAUGUGGUGGUCUUUGUUCGCAACAGCAAUGCCCAUUGUUCACCCAACAAACAAUGGAUAUCCGGCAUGGUGAAAUGGUAACGUGAAUCUUAACAUGAAUGUUAACCUUCUAGCAUUCGAGUGCACGCUGAUCCACCGAUCGGGGUAAUAUUAUGCCACUUACCGCUUGAUUAAUGUCGUCAGUGAUGUAAACCUCUCUGCCAUACGCAGCUGGCACGCCUUGGUAUAACUGCGAUACUGUUCAAAUUGACGUAAAAGUUCUGUAAAUGUAUUACACUUAAAUUGAAUAAACUUAAUUACACGAACAAAUGCUGUGUAUAAUAA